AUGACCACUGAGAAUGAAUCUCCAGAGACUUCUGAGAUCGAUGACUCGAAACAAAAUGAGCGGCGACGAUCGACUACGGUAAUAAUGACAAUGAAUGUGACAAUGCCAGCUGAAGGAGAAACGAAUGGAUUGAGAAGAAAUGGAAGUAUGAGAAGAAGACUAUCCAAACAGAAUGCAACUAUCGAAGAGCCAAUCUCUCUUCUAUCUAUUUCUGAUCCAUCGGAAAGUUCUGAUAAAACUGUUCCGUGUAUAGAGGAACAUCCAGAAGAGGGAAAAGAAGAUUCUGGGGAAAAACCACCAAUCGAACGAAGUGAUGAUCACAAGCUCCGCCCACCGGGACUUGCUCAGAAAAAGACGUGGUCAACUUCGAAAUCAUUGAGUCGUGAAUCGAAUGGAACAGAGUAUUCGGAUAGAAGUGGAACUGAUCUACGCACGUUUGUUGAUCGGACACUUCAUAAAAGUGAAGAAGACAGGAAACAAUUGUUGGAAUUCGAACAGGAACUGAAAAAUCUUAUUCUUGAUGAAAGUGUUCAAUCCAAAAAGUUCGAACUUCCGUCAUCUUAUCAUCGUAUGCUUCUUCACAGAUGUGCUGCUUGGUUCGGUUUGGAUCAUAAUGUAACGAACAAACAGACGGAUAUUGUAGUCAACAAAUCGGAGAGAACUAAAAUGCCUGACGAGUGCUUCACUGACUUCAUUCGUCAUAAUAAUUACGUAGAGGACGGUUUCAAGAGACAAAAUACUGGUGGAUCGAGAAAAGAAUUACAUCAUAUGGAGUCAUUUGGAGAUCAAACAAGCCAAUAUGGAAGUCAGGCGAGUUUAAAUCAUGAUUUACUCAUGAUGAGAAGAGCUCAAUCGUUCGACGUGGCACCUGUUACUGGACCAUCUGUGAUGCAGUCGUCUCAACCAACUCAGCAUGUUCGAGGACUUCCAAUGAGACAACUUUCAUUGAAUUGUCCACAACAACAGAUUGUUGGGUCACCAAAUAGUGGAGCGCAUGGGCAUCAAUGGGCACCACAAAGAUCGUUCGAUUGUUCUAAUAAUAGUUAUUUAUGUACUGGAAAACAUCCAAUUAUGAGGAAAGCUGAAAGUUUCGGCGGAAUGACAAACGGAAUAACUCAUGGAUGCUAUGAAUCGAAUGUUCCAAUGGUUUGUCAGACACCUCCAUCUGUUAUGGUUCAUCAUCAUCAUCACCAUUCUCAUGUCCAACAACCGACAUCGAACUAUACCGGCUACCAAGUAUUUGAUGAAAUGCCAAUGGGAUCUCCAAAUUAUCCACCAGUUUCUGAACCUGGAAUGUGUUCUCCUGGAGGAACAUAUUACGAAUAUGUUCCACAAGUUGUUCAACCUCAGCAGUACGCUCGUCCGAUAAGAUACAUGUCUCAUGAUUAUAACCAGCGAAGACCACCUUCUGCUGGGAUGCAGUACAUGUAUGGGGCACCACAAUAUGUUCAAUAUCAGCCGAUUGUUCAUCCGGAAGUUGAAGUGAUAGUUGAUCCUGUUCAAACACAACCGUUCCCACCCGUUACUCAUUUUGUGGUGCCUCCAGCUGACCAACAACAAGGAUAUGCAUCAUGUCACCAAGCGGAAACUGCGAAUAGUUUUAUAAAGGCGAGCAUUGAUGGUGGAUACGGAAGCAUGAAUCAAGAAACGGAGAGCUCUGGUAACGCUGAGAAGGUGGAGGAAAUUUCGCAGUAA